ACUGUAGGGAAGAAGGUGAGCCAGGAAGUCGAGGGUCGGGCGCAGGACAACAUUACCGGCGGUGUUUUGGUGGAGCCGCGGCGCCUGCACAGCCUCCUGACGCCAUGUUCAGAAAUCAGUACGAUAACGAUGUCACUGUGUGGUCGCCUCAAGGCCGCCUCCACCAGGUGGAGUAUGCCAUGGAGGCGGUGAAGCAGGGCUCAGCCACAGUAGGCUUGAAGAGCUCCACGCAUGCUGUGCUGGUGGCACUCAAGAGAGCCUCAUCAGAACUGGCAGCUCACCAGAAAAAGAUCAGGCCCCUUGAUGAGCACAUUGCUGUUUCCAUCUCAGGACUGACUGCAGAUGCCCGUGUGCUCAUUCGGUUCAUGAGGACCGAGUGUCGUCAUGAACAUUUUGCCCAUGACCAGUCCCUCUCCCUUAACAAGCUAAUGGAGCGAGUUGGUAUGAAGAUGCAGGUAGCUACUCAGCGGUACGACAAGAGACCGUAUGGUGUUGGCCUCUUGAUAGCUGGAUAUGAUGAGGAUGGGCCCCACAUCUACCAGACCUGCCCGUCAGCAAACUAUUAUGACUGCCGUGCCAUGGCAAUUGGUGCACGGUCACAGAGUGCUCGCACUUAUCUGGAGCGCCACCUCGAUGAGUUCCCAAGUGCCACACGGGAGGAGCUAAUAAGACAUGCCCUACGUGCCUUGAGGGACACUCUGCCAAAUGACAUGGAGCUCACCAACAAGAACUGCAGCAUAGCAGUUGUAGGUGACGGAGAUAAGCUGAGCAUUUAUGACGAUGAUGAUGUCAGUCCAUACCUGGAGGGUCUGGACCAGGAGGAAAGGCGGGGUGGGACUGGGGGAACCCGAGACGCCCCGGCCUCCACAGGGGAAGAGGGCUCGUCUUCUGCUCCUGCGCCUCCACCAGCAGCUGGAGAUCAGGGUGAUUCAAUGGACACUGAUUAAGGAAGAAACCAAAAUAUGUUAUGAUUUCACACGUCAUCUCUUGGAAUUUAGGGAUGAAUGGCUGUCCUUAACAUUAAUGCUACUUCGCAAAAGAAAGUUUCUUAAAGCAAAGUAUUGUCUGCUUGUACUGUUUGGUCAAAUAAAGAUAUAGAAAAGA